AUGGACCCCCCCCCCAGGUACGGCGCGGUCCCUUUAAGUGAAGCCCCGCCCACUGCCGCCAUUACCCCUUGGCCCCGCCUCCCCGCCUUCACCGUGGGCGCGGCCAUUUUGGAGGCGCUGGUCACGUGCUGCACCAUGGCCAUCGGGGAGGAGCUGCGCAGCGGCCGCUUCUGGCGGGGGGUGCUGGUGGAGCUGCUGGCGACCCUCAUCUUCGUGGGGGUGGUCCUGGGGGCUUCGGCAGCCCCGGGGCCGCUGGCACCGGCCCUGGCCGGGGGGUUGGUGGCCGGGGGACUCGUCUGCACCCUCGGGGGUCCCCAGGCCAACCCCGCGCUGACGCUGGCCCUGCUGUGCACCCGCAAGCUGAGCGCCCUGCGCGGGGCCGCGGGCGUGCUGGCCCAGUGCACGGGGGCCACGCUGGCCUCUGCUGCUGCCCGUGCAGCGCUGCAGGACGACACCGGCCUCGUCACCAGGGUGAGCGAGGUGGGGACAACAGGGACAGCGCUGGCCUGGGAGACCUUUGCCACCUUCCAGCUGGCGCUGGCCGCCUUUGCUGCCUCUGAGCACGCAGUCCUGCAGGCCGGGCUGGCCCUGGGCAGCGCUGUGGCCGCUGGUGCCCUGGCCGCAGGGCCGUUCUCGGGGGGCACAAUGAACCCUGCGCGCUCGCUGGGGCCGGCCAUCGUCACCGGGGUCUGGGAUGAUCAUUGGGUGUACUGGCUGGGGCCGGUGCUGGGCGCGGUGCUGGCCGGGCUCUCCUACGAGUUCGUCCUGGCUCCCGGAGCCUCCCGGGAGAAGCUCGGUGCCUGCCUCGCCUGCCGGGACGUAGCUCUGGUGGAGACCCCCAGCCUGUCCCCCUCCUCGGUGGCCCACGGCCCCCCACCCCCCCCGGCCGAGCAGGGCACUGCCUGAGCCGCCCCUGCUGCACCGCAGCCCCCCGAUCCUCCACCCCCUGACACCAGAUCCUCGCCGCCGCCAGCACCUUCCGUGGGGCACCCACAGGAUGGGCGGCUCCGUGCCCCCUCCCCUUUUACUGUCCUCUCCCCCGUGCGGGGAUUAAAGGUGUGGUGGGGUCGCA